AUUCCGAUUCAAAUUCGGUCAUAACGCAGUAAGCGAUCAUAAAGCUCUAUUGAUUAGUCGCAUUAAACCAAUUGUAGAAAAACGACUAAAAGACCAAAGCUUUGGGGAAUCUUAUCACAGACCUAAUGAUUUGAUCCAGACUUUGAUUGAAUAUGCUCAAAAAAACCAACAAAAAGUUGAUUGUAGUCGAAUAGUUUCUUAUAUUUUGUUGCUUGUAUGGGUGGCGGUUCACACUACCAGCUUCAACUUCUUUAAUACAUUACAAGAAUAUGCAGCCCGACCAGAAUAUUGGAAUGAAUUAUUUGAAGAACAGCAACAACUAAUCAUGGAUAAUGAUGCUGAUAAAUAUGAAUUAUUGGCAAAAAUGCAUAGGCUGGAUAGUUUUGUUAAAGAAUCCAUGAGAACUUUUGGCAAUGCUGUCGGGUUAACUCAUAUGACGAUGGAUUCCGAAUUCAAAUUUUCUAAUGGAUAUCAAGUUCCUAAAGGACGUGCAGUCUCAAUCUAUCUUAAUCCCAUAUACCACGACGAAAAACUACAAGGUGCUAAUGCAACAGAAUUCGACGGUCGUAGGUAUCUUGAAAAAGAAUCUUCAGCUACACAAAUCGGUCGUGAUUUUCUGCCGUUUGGACUUGGACGACAUGCAUGUCCAGGAAGGUUUCUUGCAAUAAAUGAAAUCAAAAUUUUGAUGUCUGAAAUUAUUUUACGAUAUAAAAUUACUCCGAUAAAUCCACCACCGAGGAAAAAGGUACUUAAAGCAGGAUUCGUGAAGUUUAAUGAAGACGAAGGAUUGAUAUUCGAAAGGCGUAGUUGA